ACUUCCUGUUUUUACGGAAGACAGUGCUUAUUAUUGGUUGUCAUGGCGGCGUUUUAAUAAAAAAAAACUGAGAUUAGAUUGCUAGCUAGCUGUCGAAGUGUAUCCCGUACAAAUAGUCCCCAAGCCACAUAUUUUAAAUGUAUUUACAUGAUAAUAAUCGAAGCAUAAUGUUGCAUGACUAGAUACGUACUGCAACGUUAGACUAAGGUUGGCAAAAUGGAUCAAAGCUAACCGUUAGCCUAACUUUAACUAGCUAUCUAGGCAGCUAGCCAGGGUUACAGCUGAUGUACAUAUACCGGUAGCUAGCUAACUAGCUAGCGGAGUUAGGAACAGCUAUGGCUGCAAACUUGCUGAAGGAUUCUCCGAUGACCUUAGGACAAUCGAAAAGCUGGGUCACAUUAGGUACAAAUCGUAGCUCUCGACUUUCUCAGAACCAGUUACUUUUCAAUGCAGCCAUGCCUGCCAACGCCUAUAACCGUGCUACCCAAGUUGGCCCACCUGCACCCAUUGUGAUUGAGAAGCUGAUGCCCUGGGUAGAGAAGCGGGAUGACCUGGAUAGCACCUGCAGCUCUCUGUGUUUCUCUGCUCUGUCUGAGGAGCGUCUGCUGGCUGCAGUCAGGCUGGCCAAGAGAGAUCUGAGGAAGAGACGACAGGAGUCAUUGAACAGCUCCCCCAUCAGACCACAGCCAGAGGAGACCACUCCCAUCAAGAACAAUGUGGAGCAGCCUUUACAAUUGUUCAAUUUCAAGCAGAAGGUGGUUGUUCCUAAGGGGAGGUCCAAGACCGCCGGCCCCAAAGAAGAUGUGAUUCAGUCUGGAGCCAAGGUGCUUGUUUACACCCCCCAGAAGUACGUCUCCAUACCCCCUGGGCUUGAUCAUGGCCGGUCCCCCCCAACCAAAGACCCAGGCCCAAGGCAAACAGCCAGCAAGGAGCCCCACACAGCCCUCAGCCAGGAAGUCCGCAGGCUGCAGAGAGAGCUGGCCAACUUCAUCCAGAGAAUAGAUCAGCUGGCUAACAGAGGGCGAAUGGUUGUAGAGCCCUUGGAGCCUGAUGAGCAGCGCAGGGUGGUGGUCCGCAGACAGGAACAGGCAGCCCGCUCUGCACGCAUCAUCUAUGUGCUACAACAACAGGUGAAAGAGAUCCAAGAGGAUUUAGACAAAUUACGCUCCCAGAAGAUUCAGCACACAAACAAAUCCAGAGCGAUGGACAGGUUGGCUGCUGCCCACAGAGGGGCGGUCAGGGCCAUGCAGGUGUUCACUAAUCAGCUGUCUGACACGUCUGAGGGCAGGAUGCCCUCCUAUUAUAAAGAGCUGGGCCAGCUGAUCCGCCAGCUGUCUCUGUGCUCGGCCAAGGUGGAGGUGGGCCAGGGAUCAGCCGUCCCAGAGACUGCCCUAGACAUCCUGCUGAAACUAGAGACCCUGGAUACUGCUCUAAGCAAACAGGAGAGUCACGCACAGAGGAGGCAGGCCCGAGUACGCAGCUCCUCCCCUGUACGCCACCGCAGGUCUCCACAUCGCAGCACGUCUCCUCCCCGUCCACCCAGGGGCCCUGCCACCAGGGGUCUCAGAGGACCUCGUAGAGCAGCAGGUCCCAAGAAGUCCUUCCCUGCAGAUAGGAGAGCGGUCCCUCGGCAUCAGCAGCCCCCCGGAGCCACAGAGCCUCCUCCACACCUGCAUCGCAGCCAGAUGCAGAGUUUGGUCCAUCUCAGAGAAUUCAGGGAAGGAGGGGGGCAGGUCCCCAACAGUCAAGGAGGACCACUGCACCCCGACAGGACAAAGCAGGGAGCCCAUGUGAGGGAAGCAGGUUUCCAGCAGCCCACAGUGGCUUCCAGGCUGAGAGUGUGUCAGCACCCACAGAAGGAGGCCUCUGUGCCCUGGAUACCCACGUCACCUCACUCUCCUAAACAACAACAACAGCGCUCCCCUCAGAAGGGGCCAGAGCCUCGAUGUCUCUUCUCCCCCCUGAAGCCCUCUUCAGGACCCUCAGAGCAGCAACUAGUUGGUGUGGUGACAGCAGAGCAGGACCAGGGUCUGACCUCUGAUAGACAGAGACAAGCCCACAACGAAGCCAUCAGGCAGGCCUGGCUGGACAGGAUGACCAUGCAGAGACUGAGGGACCUAAAUCAGCUGAGUAAAGAUGAAGCAGAACGCAUCCAGAGACUCCGGUCUGAGGUGGGCUCUCCAACCCAGUGGGCUGAGAGAGCUGAGCAGGAGGCCCGAGGGAGACUUCAGCCUCUGUUGAACCAAGCCCUGCAGAUGGGAGCUGCUGCCUCUCAGACCCAGGACAGAAAGUCCACAUCAUCACUGAGGCAUCAACUGUCUGAACAGGCUGCAGACAGAGCUGCGGAGAGCGCUGAGGUGCUGAGUGAGGCCCUGCUAGAGGAGCUGCUGGCCGAUGCAGCGCGGGCCGCCUGGGCGGUGGAGACAGACAGACGGACGGAGGGUUUGGCCCAGCUCCAGCUCCAAGCCCCCACCCUGGAGAGCAUGCUGCUACGCAUGGAAGAGAUGGAGAAAGACCAGGAAGCUGUGAGGAGGCGUUUUGCUACCCUCACAUACUCAGACCCUUACUACUGGAACAGAAGGGACACUACUGGGCCCCAGAGGUCUGUUCCAAUCUCCAGGCCAGUCUCUCCUCAGCCCGUUAGGAUCACCAGGCCAGCACUGAGACACACCACCACAGCUGACAUUGUCCUGGAGAGCCCUGUGGAGACCGGACACAGUGUCCUGUUUGAGGGCAGCAUCAGGGAGGAGGUCUCCCCAGGUCAACCUGGCGGCAGCAGCACCUUCCCAGCCCCAGGGGAGAGGUGGGGAGACGGGACGCGAAUCUCUGUGCCAGCCAGCAUGCAGAGGAAUAUCCAGCAAUACAGACAGGACCACGAGGCCUACCUCCGCCUGGUAGCCCACGAGGCUGUGGGCAGCUUCAACCCCUGGGCCAUUGCAGACAGUCUGUCAGAGGAGCUUAUGUCCGAGGCCCUGGCUGACGUAGCAGCAGAGUUCCAGGACGUCUGUGAGGAGUACGCAGAGGCUGUCUUCACCUCCGAGUUCCUUCAGCCAAUCACGUCACCUCCUGCUUCAGUUCCACCGUUAGACAUCCAAUAGAUUCUCUUCCUAUUCACAGACAUUGGGCGAGUUAGUUAGGUGUACUGCGUAGAUGGAUAUUUCAAUUCAGGACCAACAGAAUAGUCCAAAAAGUGCAAAUUCCGCAGUCAGGAAAACAUCCUGACUGCAUUGAUGUGACAGCAUUCAGAAUGGAAUGGAACUAAAGCAAUGCAGAUUAUUCCUAUUUGGCAGGUUCCUUUCUGUAGUUCUUCCAGAGGGAUGGGUGAAUUCCACUGGGAAAGUUGGUUUUGAUAAGUUAAGAGAGAAUAUUACUACAUUACAGGGGAUUAGAAGAUUGUCUCCCCUCUUUCCAUAAAUAAACCUCUCCCAGAGGAUUACUCACGCUUUCUGUUUCCACAUUGAAACAUGGAAGUAAAUUCAUUGUUUGGGGGAAUUAACAAUAGGGGGUAAGCAAGCCAAGGGCGCGAUUCAUUGGUUAAUAGGAAAUCCGGAGAGCAUAUUGCACUCAUUGAAAUUGUGUGCUUCACUUCCCAUGGCAUGCACCAAACACUAUGUUAGCCAAAUGACAAAUGUUUAAUUCAAUGACAGUGCAUAUAUCAUCAGUGCACGUUGGAUGAGGGAGCGGCCUGAGCGGAUAUUCUCAGGCUGUGGAGAGAGACACAUCCAGAUGUUGAGUUGGCCCCUAGAGGAGCUGACUGUGACAGGGGACAGACUGAGUGAAUUAGCUCACUCUGAAUCAGACACAAUUCUCUCCGCCAACUGUGUUUUGUGUGGGUGUCCCGAAUACAUACAGGCUUAUGCACGUACACAUGUCUCACUCUCGCAGUUCUGUUUCUUCCCAGAGGUCUACACAAAUUGGACUCUAGGAGCCAUUUCAGCAUUAUAAUAGGAGUUUUUUAAUUGCAGAAUUCUUGAAAUUGAAAAAUAUAUUGUUUGUCAGUGAGAGUCAGGAUGGCUCAUUUCUAAUUAUUUUCAUUGUCAUUGUGCUAAAUGCUGUUUGUUGAUACCUAGGUUUUGAAUGUAUCACCUCCCGCCCCAAACAGCCAACACAGACUCAUCACAGAAAUGUAUUUUCAACACAAUUAACAAACAGAACAACAAGAUCUGUUUAUGAUCCAUUCUGAUCUGUGAACACAGAACAUAAUGAAAUUGUUUUUGUGUGCUUUGAUGCAUUUCAUUUGUGAUGUUUUAUGGCACAUUCAUGGCAGACUGUUUUAUACUGGUGCCCAAAGUUUAUUUUCAAAUGACCUUUUUCUGGUACAAUAUUUCAAGUUUGCUUUAUUUUGUCAAAAUUAGGUAUCGGGUGAUCUUGGGGUAUCUUGCUUUAACAAUUUGAACUACAGCCACCCAGAUACAGGACUGUUCUAAUGGUGAAAAUGGCCUGUCCCUACAGUAUGUUAGCCAGCAGAAUUAUCCUUGUCAAAGACAGAAUUCAUGUGACCAUGAAUAUUGACUAGUCAUAAAAUGUAUUAUGUGGAACACACAGGGACUCAUUUUGAGGCAAUGAUGUCCAUUCAGGCUGGAUAGAAUCAGUUUAGGUUUCCCUCAGGGACAGUUCAGCUGAUGGCUGGCACUUUUCACGAUUCUUAGAAAAUUGGAUAUAAUCUUUAGCCAAGUGAGAUCAUUUUUCUCUCUAUAGUAUCCAUAUGGACAUAUUUACCUAUUUACAGAACCGGUGACAUUUUCUUACUCUGAACAACUACUGAAGAGAUUGUAGUAGUUGGAUCCAAUCUCUGGGUGUGGAUAUGGGAGAGGAGUGCAGCUGCUCCAGUUGAGAAAUUGAUCAGCACAGUAUGUGCCCUCCCUGGGCUGUAAUCUCCCUGACGUCAUCAUAUAGUCUGACCUAUAAAAUCUCUGCAUCAGCAACGAGAGAGAAAUAACCUUGUUUCCCCCUCAAAACAAGGCUGUGGGUAAUCUUAAAGCAGUGGCAGUCAGAGCUAGCUAUCAAAUAUGAAACCCUUAUCCUUGCUUUGUCAUAAGGCAUGGUUAGAAUUUGAAGAUGUAUUGAAAGCUACGUCUGUGUGGAUGGUUAAAAGGCUAAAUUAAUUUAUUUCAAGACUUGAGGUGCAACGUUCAUUGUUGUUAAUAGACAAUCUGCACAUCUCUUGGCUUCUUUUCUGCUAGAACCCACUGACCUUCACUGUGGAAAAGCCCCAUGGGACAAAUCCAGUAGUGUAGAAAGACAAUUGGUUCUGAGUGCUGAGAUCUGGUGCUUUGAGUUUCACUCUCUUUUGCCCUCAGAACAGCCUCAAUUCGUCAGGGCAUGGACUACAAGGUGUCAAGCUUUCCACAGGGAUGCUGGACCAUGCUGACUCCAAUGCGUCCCACAGUUGUGCCAUGUUGGCUGGAUGUUCUUUGGGUGGCGGACCAUUCUUGAUACACACGGGAAACUGUUAAGUGUGAAAAACCCAAAGGCCUUUUCAUCCUUGAUGGAAACCAUCAAGCAUAAUGUGAUAAACAUCCAUCCCCCACCAGCCUUUGCCUUCCUACUGAUUCUCUGUCUGUUUGCUUUUUGUUUGUUUACUUUGGAAAAAUAUUGUGUGCUUGUUUUCAAAAUGCUUAAUGUGGUUGAUAAAGAAUUUAAACCGUGUAUUUAUAUUUGUUUUUGAAUAAACCGUUUUUUUAAUGAACAACC